UCCGAGUGAUACUUAUAACCUCCUUGAUGGUGCUCAUCCACGGGAUGGAAGGCGCUAUCGAUGUCUGCCUUUCAUACGGGAAUUACGAAUGCAACCAAUCUCCACCCGUGUUCGGAGUUCCACUACCAUCAUUUUGUAACAUGACAGCGAACUGUCCCCCUCUUGACGAUUUUGACGACGGAGUCCGCUCUGGAGAUUCACCCCCUUUCUACCACAAUGAACAGGUGUCAUACACGUGUAACAAUGGUUUCACGUUGGUUGGCUCCUCAUCCCUCACGUGUGAUGACGGAGCUUGGAAUGACGAUCAACCAGUCUGCUUAGCAAAUUGCGUUGUGAGUGCUGUACCGGAUUCAGAUUAUUCAUCGGGGGGUUCAGUCACGCAUGGUACGACUUUCAACGUAACGUGUGACUCUGGCUUUUCCACGGGUACGACAAGGGCCACAGAGUUCUCCUGUAAUGAUGGUGUCCUGUCUCCUGUUACACUACCUACAUGUUACGUCUUGCCAGGAGUAUCAAUAUUGCUUCCAGAGAGAGUGAACCCAUACCAACCAUCUAGCUUCACAUGUUAUGCUCGGGGUAACCCAGUUCCUGAGGCGUCCUCGGUUCAUCUUUAUAGACGUAGUGGAAGCAACUAUAACACGACAGGAAUCACCAGGAGAUCAAGCACUGUCUCAGGGUCAGAACGAGCUGUUGUCUUUGAUGUUGAUAGUGUGUAUCCACAGGACUUUGGGGGAUACCAGUGUCGUCUUUACUUUGAGAAUAACACCUAUUACAGUAAGCUUAUUACCAACGCAACCUAUGUUCUGCCAGUCCUUGAGUCAAAAGUGGAGGUUACCAGCACGUCAACUUCAGUUGGUCUUCAAUGGAACGCAUGGUCUGAUGGAGUUGACAUAGGGGAUCCUCCUUUGGUAGGAUAUGAUGUCUUUGCACAGAAGGAUGGUAAAUGGGUAGCGGUUCAGAGCGUAGACCAACCCACAACAUCAGCCAUCGUUAUCAACCUGACAUCUGAUACAGAUUACAUAUUUUGUGUAGCAGCAGUGAGGGAAGGAACAGGUGGAACAGGACAUGUGUGUCCUAGCAACGGCACAAGGACUCACUGUGGAAAACCCAGUGCUUCUCCAACUGGACUACAAGUGGCAGCCAUCAACCCUAAAGAGCUAGAGGUGAAAUGGGAGCACCUCCCCACAGAAUCGGCAGAAUGCAGGAGUGGGGUGACUCAUUAUAUGAUCUACUACGUUUCCACUGGGUCAACUUCUUUAAACUCUCUCAUGGUUCCUAAUGACACAAGCUCCUACACAUUAAGAGGGUUGGAAACCUAUCUGGACUAUACCAUCCAACUGACUGCAUCGAAUAAAGACGAGGAGAGUGACAGGAGCAGUGAGACUGCCAGCAAAACAAUUGAAGAGGUUGCUCCCGCUCCAAUAAAUUUGACUAUACCGCAGAUUACUAAAAGCUCCUUCACUGUAUCCUGGUCUACCCCUUUACCAUCUAACAUCAAUGGUAACAUCCAGAAGUAUAUCAUCCGCUUCAAGCGAACUGAUUCAGCUGUUGAUGGCGAUUAUGGGAUGGAGGAAGUAUGGACUAGUGCAUUUGAUGGGAAACAUACUGUGACGGCCGUUCUGCCCCGUGAAAUGAAGUAUACUGUUCAGGCAAGAUUAUUAGACCUCAACACUUAAGACCCAAAGAUUAAGGGAAUGUUCAAUCUCUUCAGAUUUUAGUAUAUUGAAGAAUGAGCUGUUAUUAAAGCGCUGUUGGAAAAAUUAUCUACUUUUUUGGAUGAAAGGUCUAAGGGUGUUGUGAUCUACAGUAGUAGAUCCGUCGUCGGACUGUGGGUCACAGGGUCCGCGGUUCGAGUCUCGCUACGGCACUAAUGUCCUUUGGCAAAAUAUUAAUCUACAUUUGCCACUCUCCACCCAGGUGUUAAUUGUGUCCCGGUAGGAAGCAAUUCAAUUAAUACUGUAAGCACCGAAGUCUGCUGCCUAGCAAAGCCGGGGUAAUAGGUAGAGCGCCUUGAUCACCAUGCAUGGUGGAUAUGUGCAUGGUGGAUAUAAUCAUAUAAAUAUCUAAUAAUGUUAGUAUUAGAUCACAAAGUUAUUCUUUUUCAGAUUCAUACCACUGAUUUAAAAACAUAUCAGAUUUGAAUGCGUAAAGUAUUGAUAUGAUGAG